CGGGUUAUUUUGAUGGGACGUAAACGAGGAAAUAAAUAUGGGUGCAAACCGUUUAUGCGGUAGCAGCACCUAGGGCUUAUGUUACUUGGCUUUGUUGUGAGUUGUUGAGUGUUUUUAAAGUUAAUUUUGUGUUUUUGUGCCGCCAUGCUUGUUCUUGGACUGGUGGUUUUACUAGCCUUUAAAACCGAGGCUUUAAACAAUGGUUUGGCGCUAACUCCCACCAUGGGCUGGCUUCACUGGGAAAGAUUUAUGUGCAACAUCGACUGUGCGAAAGAUCCUGACAACUGCAUCAGUGAAAAACUCUUCAUGGCGAUGGCGGACAUGAUGGUGAAGGACGGCUGGAAAGAUGCUGGUUAUGAGUUUGUCUGCAUUGACGAUUGCUGGCCUUCAUUUGAACGUGAUGCUCAGGGCCGCAUGCAGGCAGACCCAGUCAGAUUCCCUGGAGGCAUCAAGAAACUGGCCGACUAUGUCCACUCUAAAGGCCUGAAGCUGGGGAUCUAUGCAGAUGUCGGCAGAAAAACUUGUGGAGGUUACCCUGGUAGUCUGGGUUACUAUGAGACCGACGCUCAGACUUUUGCAGACUGGGAAGUGGAUCUGCUCAAGUUUGACGGCUGCUACAUGGACCGCACUUUAAUAGCAGAAGGUUACGUAAACAUGUCUAUAGCACUGAAUAAAACCGGUAGAAGUAUCGUCUACUCCUGUGAGUGGCCCUUGUACGACUGGAAAGUUGAAAUGCCUGACUAUCCAGCUAUUCGGGACACAUGUAACCACUGGAGGAACUACUAUGAUGUGUAUGACUCAUGGCAAUCUGUCAAAUACAUCUUGGACUGGACAGCUGAUCACCAAGACAUUUUGGUCCCUGUAGCUGGACCUGGGGGCUGGAACGACCCUGAUAUGCUGGUCAUUGGAAACUAUGGGCUAAGUUUCGCCCAGCAAGAGUCUCAGAUGGCUUUGUGGGCCAUGAUGGCUGCACCACUGAUCAUGUCUAAUGACCUGAGGGACAUUGAUCCUCGCUCCAAAGAGGUGCUACAGAACAAACACAUUAUUGCUAUCAACCAGGACUCUUUAGGGAUGCAGGGAUACCGCACGACUCAGGUGAACUUCUUUGAGCUGUGGGAGCGGCGGUUGUCGAAAAACCGCCUGGCUAUCGCCAUUCUUAACAACUACGAGAUUGGUUACCCUAGAGAAUUCCUCAUCAGCUCCAGUCCCACCUGGAAAUACUGUACCAAGGUGUGUAACGUCACACAGAUCCUUCCUACGUAUCAGGAACUGGGCAUCCAGACUCCAACCACGAACCUGACAGUAAAGGUGAAGCCUUCUGGCACUGCCCUCCUGAUCAUCGCUCCCCUCAACAAAGCAAGCUGGGAUAUGGACAAGAAAACAUUGAAGAAAGGUUUAUUUGGCAAGUGGUGGAAGAAGACGUACGCUGUCAAAAACAACAACUCAUUUUAAAAUUGUCGGAAGCGGGUAAUUUUUUAAUAAUUAAUAAGUUGGUGUAAUGGUCCAGGGAUUUAUAACUGGCUACUGUUGGUUUUUACAGCGACUUUUGAAUGUAAUAAAUCUGUACAGUGUUUCAAGGAGUAUUUCCUGUUGGUGACUUGCAGAUGUUAUUUAUAUUUUUAUCAACACUACCCUCUCUUUAUCCAUCAUAUUUGGACUUGUUUAAAUGUAGAAAUGUCUAUUUGGUUCAACCAAUGGGCUUGUUUGAUUAUGAUUGUCCAAAUUCCAUUGAUACAAAUUGACACAAAGUAUUUUAAUUUGUGUACUCUCCAAAACUGGGUGCGAUACAGAUAUUGCUUUAGCUUAGUUUUCAAUAAGUCAUGCAGUGUAUUGGAAGGCAAUGUUUUGUAGGUGACAAGACGAAACAAUAAAAUUCAAGUUUUUACAUUACAGUUUCUUUAAUGUAAAAACUGAGAACUCUGCUGGGG